GGAGCGGAGCGGGAGCGGGAGCCUUAGCCCUAAGUAGCCGAGGUGGGUGCUAGACCCGAGCUGCACAGACUCGCACGGGCUCGCACCGCCCCGCACCGCCCUGCCCGAGAACCCGACUGAGCCUUCUGCUGCGUGUCGCCAGGUCCGCCGUCCCGCUGCUUUACCAGCAGCCAGCCUCUCGUCCCGCGCCCGGAGUCCCAGAUGGCUUCAGUGACUGAUACUAAAGCUGGAGUCAAAGAUGCUUCUGACCAGAAUUUUGACUACAUGUUCAAACUGCUCAUCAUCGGCAACAGCAGCGUUGGUAAAACCUCUUUCCUCUUCCGCUAUGCUGAUGACACCUUUACCCCAGCCUUCGUCAGCACAGUGGGCAUUGACUUCAAGGUGAAGACAGUCUACCGCCAUGAAAAGCGAGUGAAGCUGCAAAUCUGGGACACCGCUGGACAAGAGCGAUACCGGACCAUCACCACAGCCUAUUACCGUGGGGCCAUGGGCUUCAUUCUGAUGUAUGACAUUACCAAUGAGGAAUCCUUCAAUGCUGUCCAAGAUUGGGCUACUCAGAUCAAGACCUACUCCUGGGACAAUGCACAGGUUAUCCUGGUUGGGAACAAGUGUGACAUGGAGGAAGAGAGGGUUGUUCCCACUGAGAAGGGCCGGCUCCUUGCCGAGCAGCUUGGGUUUGACUUCUUUGAAGCCAGCGCCAAGGAGAACAUCAGUGUGAGGCAGGCCUUCGAGCGCCUGGUAGAUGCCAUUUGUGACAAGAUGUCUGAUUCGCUGGACACAGACCCCUCCGUGUUGGGCACCUCCAAGAACACCCGUCUCUCAGACACCCCACCACUGCUGCAGCAAAACUGCUCAUGUUAGGCAAGGCCCACCCUCCUGAUCUCCCCUUCUUGUGACCCCGCACCCACUCUGCUUCCCCUAUUACAGUCGGUCCACCCCCAGCCCCAUGCAGGCUGAGUUGCUGCUGUCCUUUGUUUGCAGCAGAGGCGGAAACGUGCCCCUUGAGUUCUCUGUAGAUAGUCCCACUAAUAGACACCCAGUCCUAGACUAAGAGCCAGGUCACAGCAUGGGUAGAGAUUCAUUUUACAAAAGAAGACUCCAUCUUACAAAGGGGAUUCACUUCAGGGACUUGAAAAGCGAGUCUCUUUUCUGUCUUUAAAAUAAGAUUUCCUC